ACUUGCUGUUGCCCGGCCGCAUUUUCAAGAGACAACAAUUGCUUCCUGCUCACCACUCACCACUCGCGACGCACGACGACGGCCUCUUGCUCGCCUGCGCGCUGCACACUGCGCAUCCCCGGUGCCUUGACUUUGCAUUCGCAUCUUUUCAGACACCACCUGCAGCCCUUUUCCGCGCCCUUUGCUGCUGAGGCGCUUUGUUUAUGCGGGCGGCAGAUCUUUUGUUUACACCAGCAUGGCUCCUCAACAAGACCAGGCCAUCCUGGCGCACCAUCCGCAUCACCUUCACCACCACCAGCACCCGGAGUCACGGAAGCGGGCACAGUCCCGUGCCUCGACCGCCUCGAUACACAGCAUUGCGACACAGCCGAACGUCGACCAGGCCUUUGCUGCACACCACGCCGGCUUCGUCGACCAGUGGGCUCAGAACGAGCACGCUCAGCAGACGCGCGACAUGUCGGCCAUGGCCGCCCAGCAGAUGUCAGCAGAGGAGCUGAUGCUCCGCCCGACGUCUCAGAUGCAGGCCCAUGCCCAGUCAUUCUCCAUGGACACGAGCAUGCAGUCAUCCAUGGGACCAGGCGCGUCAUUCCCGCAACAUGGUCUGUCCCACGGCAUGCCUGCCGACUCUUUUGCUACUGCAAAUGCUAGCUUCACGGAGCCCGACAGUCAGAUGAUGGAUGAUAACGAUGAGGGCGAUUCAUUUGCUGGAUUGCCAUCUUCGACGAAAGGAGCAGGGGCGUCAAGUAGGACCAGUGCUAACAACGAGCUGGAAAUGCGCCAGCUCUUUCAGUCGAGCAAGCACCGGAAUCUGCAAGAAGUUGCCAAAGAGCUGCAUGGCAACGAGAGAGGUCCCAAUUCUGAACGCACUCGCCAAGUAUUUGCAAUGCUCUGGAUCAACCAAGUUUGCUCAAAAGGAAAGGGCUCUGUGCCGAGGGGCCGGGUAUACGCGAACUAUGCGUCUCGAUGUGCAACGGAGAGGAUCACUGUGUUGAACCCGGCCAGUUUCGGAAAGCUCGUUCGCGUCUUGUUUCCGGGCCUGAAAACGCGAAGACUUGGCGUCCGCGGUGAAUCAAAGUAUCACUACGUCAAUUUCUCCCUGAUGGACGACCAACCCGAGCUCCGGGAACCAGCUAUCCAGCCUGCCAUCCCAUUCCCGGAGCCAGCCUCAUUCGCUCAGAGCAUCAAUGGCUCGCAUUCACAAUCGCCUGCUUUGCAAAGCAUUGAUCGACCCCAGCUUCCUUCGCCAGCUCCCAAUCCUCAAACAGAAGUGCCUACUGUCCGUCAAGCCAUCCAGAUCGGCUCACACAGCGUCUACAACCAGCCAGACGUGUCCAGCAUCGAACAAUUGCAAACAACAACAGCCAAGACGGCCCUUACGCUAUCAUUUGCUCCAGACCCGGAGGAUGCAUUCCGCCAGUCCGAACCUCUGACUCUACCCCGGAUAGAGCCUUUCCUGCCGAAAGGCACAGAUGUGGACGCUGCCAAGUCGCUUACUGCACUAUAUCGGUCGCAUUGCACAUCACUGGUGGAAUGCAUUCGUUAUUGCAAAGAGAAGACCUUCUUCCAUCUCUACACAUCCUUCCAGGGCACACUUACCAUGCCAGUUCAGAAACUGUUCUCGAACCCAGCUAUCGCGGCAUGGAUCGAAGAGUGCGAUUUCGUACUGUACCAGCGAAUGAUGCGGAUCAUUUCGGGUCUCACACUGCAGGUUGUGCCAAAACAAGUGCUCGACACAUUGCGCAACAUCUCUGAACGCUUGAUCCCGCACAUCCGGGAGUCGUUCCAGGGUCAGCCCAGACACGUUGUCCUGGCAAAGGAAGCUCCCGCUGCAAUCUUUGCCGGCCUCCUCGACCGUGCUUUGCGCGUCAACCUGACUGCGCACGCCGCCGCAAACAUGUUGUCCAACCCGGCCAACCGUGAUCAAAUGUAUGUCGACUGGAUAACGAUGGUCCGCCUUCGCAAGGUGGCUGAGUGUGUCCCCACACGAGCUAUGGACGACCUUGUCAACCUCUUGUUGCACGAGAUUCGCGAACUCCUCGACCCAGUCAACAUCCCCUGGGAGCUUGAGUGUCUCACGCUAUAUGGUGACAUGGCCCUGCAGCGGAACAACAAGAGCCCCCGAGCGGACAACGCCGAGCAAAUGGGCUCAUCAAACAUUCUCGAGCGCUGGGUCAACUUCCUCAGCUCCCUGUCCAAGCAAUUUCCCUAUGCCUCACCAGCAGAUGUGGUCUGGUGCGUCCAGAGGGUGGGCACAGAGACCAUGCGGGAUUUGACCAUUGCCCAGGGAAAGAGCUUUGGCUCGUGGUGGGUGACAAAGUGUUGGGUCGACGAGAUGAUCUCGUUCCUGGCUGAAAAGGGAGGGUUCAUGUUGACUAAGAAUGCCUCCUCUGCAGCAAGCGCGAUAUCAAAGCCGGCGGCUAGCAGCAAGGAGACGGCGAGAUCAGCGUCUGGGCUUGGCAGCACUCGAGAGGGUGCCAAGACCAUGUCGGCCAUGCAGCAAAGCCAACCUCAGCCAGACCGAGCUCCGUUUCCUUCGCAGCUGGAAGGUGCCCCGGGCGACAUGCUGCAUCUCUCCACCAACCAUGACGACAGUGGCAUCGGGCCAGACAGCGACAUUGGCAUCAGGACUCCGGAGGAAGAUUUUCCUCUGGACAAGUUUGAGUUCCAACAGACACCUGGCCAGGCGCUUCAGGCAUUGGAGAGCCUGGAGUCCCUGUGAAGAGUGCUAAGGAACCCCAAGAAUCUCCUCGCCGACGCGGUCGGCCAUGCUUUAAUUCACGGACACUGUAGGCGUUUGGGUUUAUUUCUGUGGGAGCUGGGACAUGUACGGCGUCCUGGCACUACUGGUGUGGCUACACGAGACAUUAAAAUCACGAUGCAUGACGAUAUGAUACCCUGGAAGGGAGGGAUGUUGCUAAUGGGCAGCUGGUGGAGGAUUGUUGUUGGAUCACGGCGCUUGUAUAAACUCUUGUAAUAGCCAGCUGCUCGAUGGGAGUGGCAGUUUGGAGGUUUCUGAAAGCCAUGCCAGCCACGGAGUUUUGGGAUGCAAACGGAUUGGACAGGAGUUCUUUGGCAGUAUUGGACCGUGUUGCACCAUUGCCGACACGAGCAUAUUUGAUUGCGAAUCAAGUACCUCUUACAAGGAUGUGUGUCCUGGUCUUUUGCGAAAGUCUUGUUCGGGAGCCAAUAUGAAA